AUGGCGGACGAUAUCUCACGAAACAACAACGACCGCAUCCAGGUUGAGAUUGAGAAGGAGCGCAUCGAAAAUCUCGAACAUGUGGCCGAGCAGCCGAAUGUCGUGCCUCAUAUCGACCCGGCUCGUCGAGCCGUCGUCGAGAAGAGCCUCAAGCGUAAGCUAGAUGCUCGAUGCAGUCUGUUCGUGUUGAUCUAUAUCAUGAACUACCUCGAUCGAAACAACAUCUCGGCGGCCCGUCUGAAGGGUCUGCAGGAGGAUCUCAACCUCACGGAUACUCAGUACUCAACCUGUCUGAGCAUCCUCUAUGUGGGGUAUAUCCUCAUGCAGGUCCCGUCGAAUAUGUUCAUCAACCGUAUUCAGCGGCCCUCCCUUUACAUCGCCAUUGCGAUGACUCUCUGGGGUCUGAUCUCCACAUGCUCGGGUCUGGCAGGCAACUUUGGCCACAUGGUGGCUAUUCGUUUCCUGCUGGGUUUCGUCGAGGCUGCCUUCUUGCCCGGUGCCCUUCUUAUUCUCUCCAAGUGGUACACCCGCCGAGAGUUGACUACCCGGAACGCCAUCCUGUUCUGUGGUAACCUGAUCUCCAACGCCUUCUCGUCGCUCGUCGCCGCGGGUGUCCUGUCCAACAUGGACGGUGUCCUGGGCCAUGCCGCGUGGCGCUGGCUCUUCUGGAUCGAGGGUGCUAUCACCAUGACCAUUGCCAUCUCUGCUGCCUUCAUCUUGCCCGAUCUACCCACCAACUCCCGCGGUUUCACCGAGGAGGAGCUUCUGGUUGCGCAGCUUCGCAUUAUGGAGGACGUUGGCGAGGCCGAUACCGACUCUGAGGAGCAGAGUCCCUUCAGUGGUCUCAUCAUGGCUCUGAAGGAUUUCAAGAUCUACCUGAUGAUGCUGGCCUUCACCGCGUACGUCGUUGGACUGUCUUUCAACGCCUUCUUCCCCACUCUUACUGGUACCCUUGGCUUUGCCUACGUUCCCACUCUCCUCAUGAGUGCUCCCCCAUGGGUCUUCUCCUGCAUUUUCUCCGUGAUCAAUGCCUGGCACGCCGACAGAACCCAAGAAAAGAUCUGGCACAUCUACGGCCCCAUUUUCAUGGGUCUCGUCGGCUUCAUCAUCAGCAUGUCCACCCUAAACGUAGCAGCCCGCUACAUCGCCCUCUUCCUCCAAGCCGGCUCCUACGCCGGCUUCAUCGUCUUCUACUCCUGGAUCAGCUCCUCCUUCCCCCGACCCCCCGCCAAGCGCGCCGUCGCACUAGCCCUGAUCAACGCAUUCAGUCAACUCGGCAACGUCGCCGGCUCGUACGUGUGGGAUCUCAAAGAAAACGGAUACCGCAAGAGCUACGGCAUCGUCACUGCCAUGUACGGUAUUACCAUCAUCGGCUUCUGGAUCUUCCGCAUGAUCCUGGUUAAUCUGAACAAGAAGCUUGAGCAGAAGGAGGCGGAGUGGGAUGCUGAGCAUACCGAGCAGCAGACUGGGGAUGCGGUGUUUAUGGAGAGUGCGGAUGAGUCGUUGCGCAUGCGUAAGGGCUUCAGAUAUCUGGUUUAA